AUGCCUAGCCAACCCUUUCCCAAGCUCGAUCGAGUUGAAGCUUGGCCGGUCGAGUUGAGGAACUCGACCGGUUGGUCGAGUAGACGGUCGAGCUGGUCUUCAAGAUGGCUUCUCCCUUCUUCCUUUGCGUAUCCAGUUGAGCUGCUUCCAUGUGCCAAGUCCCUCCAUGCUCCUUAUGUCCCAUAUGCUCCAGAAUGCUCCAAAAGACCUAUUUCAAAGGACCAAACAUGCAUAUGCAAUGAAUAUCAAAUACCGGAUCUUAACCAAGCCACGGAGGAAGGUACCGGAGAGAAUGAAUGGCCACAAGAUGAUGAAGGUCUUAACUUAGCAAGAAGGUGGGAUGAGAUAAUCGCCACAGAAUUGGAGAAUCUUAGAACAGAGGGUAAUGUUCUAGAGCAAAUGGUGUCAAGCCAAAGGGGAAAGCCUCCCAGAAGACUCGCAAGGAUGAGAGUCCCAGCACCGUCUCAAGUCACGCUACCAUGCGAUCAAUGUGAAAGGACGGGACAUCAUAGCAGAGCAUGUCCCAAUGUGCGAGCUAGAUCAAGGAUGAAUGAAAGGCAGAACAUUUGCCUUACUUGUGGAGAGAAAGGCCAUUUCUCAGCAGACUGUCCAAGGAACUGCCCCAGUACUAGUCAACCCACCCGCUCAACCACAAGGAGAGAGACGCGACCAGGGAGUGGAAGCCGUAGAAUGCCUAAAACAUCCCAAAGGCCGGGAUGGAAAGCUCAAGGCUCUGGGAUUGGAAGACAAAGGAGUGGGAUUCACUCUAGAGGUCAAAACGAAGACUUGGGUCAAGACAGGAUCAAGAACGAUCGAGCAAAACUGAAGAUACAGCAAGAUUCUCCAGGUGGGACGAUCAUUGUGCGAACGUGGGAGAGCCGACCGGACGGCUAA